AUGUCUCCUCCUCCUCCAGCACGUCCCAUAAAGCGACUAUUAGUUGCAAAUAGGGGAGAGAUCGCAGUUCGCAUCCUCCAGGCGGCUCGUGAAUUACCCAACAUCGAAACCUUUGCACUUUACACAGCAGAUGACCGCUCACAUUGUGAUUUGGGAGCACCACACCAUGCCGUAGCCUUGCCAUCUCCGUCAUCCUAUAUGGAUAUUGCUUUGCUGGUGCAGCUAGCGCUGGAACACUCCAUAGACACAAUCCACCCGGGAAUUCGCCCAGCGAAUGUGGGAGGAAGCCGGGGUCAAAGUCAUCGGUCCCGGCUGGGAGGUACUGGCAAGGACAGGAGACAAGCUGCAAGCGAAGAUGCUGGCGGAGGCAUGUCGCGUGCCGAUUUUGAAAGCGAUGAAAACGCCACAAGCGAUAUUGGCUUGAUACGUCAAUUUGUAGCUGAGGUGGGAUAUCCUGUUAUGGUAAAAGCUGUAGAUGGUGGAGGCGGGCGGGGAAUCCGGUUUGUCAAGGGACCUGAUGAGUUGCAGUCUGCUAUUGAUCGGGCGACGGGGGAGUCCCCUUCCAAAAAGGUGUUCGUGGAAAAGGCUGCAGUGGGAGGGUUUCACCACGUUGAGGUUCAGGUUGUUGGGGAUGGUACGGGCGAGAUCAAGUACUUGUCGCUGGGAACCUUCGAGUUCUUGGCCAGCGAGAAACUAUCGAAGUUCUAUUUUCUAGAAAUUAACCCCCGUCUUCAGGUCGAACAUACAAUCACGGAAUGCAUUUCAACAGUGGAUCUUGUCCAGACACAGCUUCUGCUAGCCCAAGGGGUGUCACUGCGAGAUAUGGGGCUGGGCGACAUAGAGAAUCCAGAGCAACCUCCCGCCACAUAUUCAAUCCAGUUGAGAUUAUGUGCUGAGGAUCCAACCGCCGAUUUCGCUUUGAGUAUCGGCAAAAUCACCGAAUUCCAUGUCCCUGGAGGCAACAGCGUCAGAGUGGAUACUCAUGUAUCGGGUUCGUCAUCGGUAGUCAUUGGCUCAGACUUCGAUAACAUGAUGGCAAAAAUAAUAGUCACCUCCACCAGUUGGGACGGCGUAGUUCGAAAGGCAUGCAGAGUGCUGAAUGAUGCAAGAAUAUCAGAGGUUAAGACCAACAUCGACGUCCUCAAAGGAAUUAUCGGCAACAUCGAGUUCCAAGAAUGGCAAAUUCGAGACGCAAUGGAUGGAAAAGAAUUUGGGAGAUAUCAUUCAACAUGGAAAGCAGCUGCAUCAUCUCUUGGAUCGUCAAGUGUCCUCUUCCGCAAAGGAGAUGCUUGGUCCAUCGAGUUGGCGCCCUUGAACUCGACAAAGGGAUCCGGCUCCCAAGCUCCUCAUCACCUUCUGCUGAGCAAACUUUUCCGCAACGAAUUCCCAACUUCGCUAAGCGCAGAAAUUGAGUAUACAACUCCAGCAACUGCGACUCAAACCGCAAGGACUACCCCGUAUCGAGUAACUUUGGCCAGGACGUUGGCCUCGUCAAGUUCGUUAUCAUCAACUCAUCGACGAGGAAACCCAAACAAUUCUUCCCACAUCACUCUUCCUAUGAGCGGAAAACUGACUGAGAUGCUUGUAGAAGAAGGGGAUGACAUCCAGGAAAACAGCGUGAUCGCAUUUGUGAAACAAAUGAAAAUGGAACUCGAAGUUCGAAGCCCAAAGGCGGGGAGAGUUACAUGGGCUUUGGAACUGGAAGAUGGGGAUGGGGAAGGUGUGCCAGAAGGUAUUUUGCUGGCUGAGGUAACGCCAAUUGAUCCCCCGGAACAGGGCGUUGAGGUCAAGGGGAAGUUGUAG